CUGAGUAUUUAGCUGGACACUACCAGUUGUGUGUCAAGCCUGUGUGUGUGUGUGUGUGUGUGUGUGUGUGUGUGUGUCUGUCUGUCUGUCUGUCUGUCUCCAGUCCUGAGCAGCAAAUCCUUCUUCCUAUGGUAGCAUGUUACUCAGAACAUUGGAUAAUCCCCAGCCCUCCUAAAAACACAAUACAUGUAUGUUAUAAGAAAUUUAUCUUGAUGAUUGGUGAGAGGGUGGUGAUUGAAACCAGCUCAUUUCCCAUUUACCACUGAGGCCAGCUGACCUUUGCUGAAGAGGAUUCUUGACUCUUACUUUGUAGCAGGAACUCCUAAGUUAAUCAAGCCUUUUCAAGAGUUUCAGGCUGAAAGUCAAGAUCUCUCAGGUUAGACCCAAUGUUAAAAUUUGAACUGGGCGAGGUCUCCUACCUCGGGCUUGUUCGCAGGCGGCGUCGGAGCCGAGCCGGACUGGUCAGGAUGAUCACGGACGUGCAGCUCGCCAUCUUUGCCAACAUGCUGGGCGUGUCGCUCUUCUUGCUUGUCGUUCUCUAUCACUACGUGGCCGUCAACAAUCCCAAGAAGCAGGAAUGAAAGUGGCGCUUUCUCUGCCCCAGGAUUCCAGGACAUAGUCUGAGGCAAGAUGGAGGGUAUGAGGGGCCUUCACACUGCAGUUCAUCCCUUCUACCCAUCACAACAUACAAAGCAACUACACCUGGAUUUUUCCAAACAACUUUUAUUUCCUCAGUCUUCCUUAACCCUAUGGAACAAGAAGCUGCCACUCAAUAGGGCCCAGUAUAGGGGUUUCUUUCUUUUCUUCUCCCUCCCCCCAGUAUAAAAAUAUAGAUAGAUAUAAAAAAAAAA